ACUGCUGCACGAAGAUGGCGGCCGAACUGGUGGAAGCGAUGAACAUGGUCAAAAGUUUCCGGGUCUCAGACCUGCAGACACUGCUGGCCUCAAUGGGCCGCAGCAAAAGUGGGCUGAAACAGGACCUGGUGGGGCGUGCACUGAGGCUAGUGCAGACUGAAUACAGCCCAGAGCUUCUGAAGAACGUCAGGCAGCUCUACGAGUCGCGCUUCCCCAAAACAUCUGGCUGGCUUGCGGCGCGGCGUCCAGAUGGCGUCCCCGUAGCCUACUCAUCCCUCAGCUCCUCCCCCACUGCCACCUCUCAGGGCGCAGACUACCUCAACGGCAUUUCCAAACCGAUCCCCACACCUGCAGCAGAGGUCAAGCUGGUGCCACUGCCCUUUUACCAAACUUUGGAGACACUGUUGUUACCAACAGAGCUAAUUGCCCAGAACAAUGAGAAACUGCAGGACAGUCAAUGCAUAUUUGAAUUAACUCCAAACCAAGCAGACCAGAUCAGAAAUGCAACUGAGCUUCGUCCAGGAAUGAGAUCAAUCCAAGUCGUUCUUAGAAUCUGUUACACAGACUCCAUUGGUGCCCAGGAAGACCAGUAUCCUCCCAACAUUGCUGUCAAAGUAAACCAGUCCUACUGUCAUGUGCCGGGAUAUUACCCUUCUAAUAAGCCUGGUGUGGAGCCCCGCCGUCCCUGUCGUCCUGUAAACAUCACUCCCUGGUUGCAUCUCUCCAGUGCCACCAACAGAGUCACCAUCACCUGGGGAAACUUUGGCAAGCGGUACUCUGUGGCGGUGUAUUUAGUGAGGGUUUUCACUGCAGCAGACCUCUUCAGCCAACUCAAACUCUGCUCCGUGGAAAGUGCAGAACGCUGUCGUGAACGCAUCCAAGACAAACUACGCUUUGACCCAGAGAGUGAAAUUGCGACAACGGGCCUCCGGGUGUCUCUCAUCUGUCCACUGGUGAAGAUGAGGCUCGGUGUGCCAUGUCGAGUUUUAACUUGCGCCCAUCUCCAGUGUUUCGACGCAGUCUUCUUCCUGCAGAUGAAUGAGAAGAAGCCCACGUGGACUUGCCCAGUCUGUGACAAGCCCGCCCCCUUUGAGCUGCUUACUAUUGAUGGGCAACUAUCCGAGAUUCUGAAAGAGACGAGUGAGGAGAUCGAGGAGAUCGAGUACUUGACCGACGGAUCCUGGCAACCCAUCAGAGAUGAGAAGGAGAGGGACAGAGAAAGAGAACGCAGCAACACACCAGAGUAUCCUGUUGUUGAUAUAUGCAUUCCUGAGGCAAACGGCCAUUCACCGGCCCACAGCAGCACCAGCCAGACGGGCAAAUCUGGAAGCGGUUCCGUGGGGGCUGCAGGAGGACCUGCUGGGGCACCGGGAGGAGGCGCGGUGGUAGAUCUGACUCUUGACUCGUCCUCUGAGGAAGAAGGGGGCGGGGCAGGAGGAGACAGUGAGGACACUGAGGACAGCGCCGACAGUCCCGCCCCGAAGAGGGGCCGGUACAACUACGACAAGGACCUGGUCACUGCCUACUGACCCCACAGCUCUGUCCCCUCGUAGACUGACAGACACACACAGAGACAGAGAGGCAGGGGGCUGAAAGGACAGGAACACAGUAAUCCACUAGAUGCAACGACCCUCCCUAAUGCCCCAAACGUCGGAGCCUUUUAGCAGCUCUCUGGUUUGUAUCCGGUCAAAACAAACACACUCAAACAAGCACUGUUAAAUCUUCAAUCUAGAGGGAUUAGGAUUUCCUCUCUGUACUGUACACCACUGGAAGCAACUCUAACUCUUUCUGGCCAACAGUCACCUUGCAGUGAAUAUCUGUACCGUCCUGCCUCUACUUAGAGAGACUGAAUGGAUCGUGCACCACCAACCACCACACCCCCUCCUUCCUCCUCUCUCUCUCUCCCCUCUCCCUC